AAAGCAUAAAUUAACAGCGCAGGGGACGUAAUGCACAAAGCAUCUGCGGCAUGUAUGCAACGUGGCCGCUCUCUCUCUUGCUGAGCAACCCGGAGGCCGUGCUAUGGCCGCCUCCGGACGGCGGGAACUCGGGUUACCUCGUCGUAAAGGACAUCGACGACGACAGCGAUGAUGAGCAGGUGUGGUGCACGGGCGGCGUCCGCAGCAGGUCUCUGGUGGAGAACCUCCCGUUCCCACAGAACCGCGUGUUCAGGGUUGGGUACGACGAUGGGGACGGCGAGAACAAGGCCAAGGACACCGUGUUGUUCGUGCCCGUCCUGGACCAGCCACUCGCGUCCAACCGCUACUACCCCGUCAUCGCCUCCGGGAGAAGGAAAGGCCUCGUGAGGGCGUGCUCCCGUGAGGAGGACAUGACCCCGGGCUGCUUCGGCAUGUCCGUCAACGACGUCGAGCCGCGCCCGUUCGACCCGGCCGACAUCUACCAGCAGAUCGAGAUCGUCCAGCGCCGGAGGGGGCAGUUCACGGCCAAGGCGGUCGCGCCGGACGGCAUCCCGUACAAGCUAUACGGCAGCAAGUACUGGCGCGCGUACGCCUCCAGGCCAAAGAACUUGUACCUCGGCGAGGCGCGGGGCAUCAACGCCACGCUCCGGUCGCGCCAGCUCACGACGCCACGGGCCGUGGUUGGGAGAUGGUACUGCCCAUUCUACCUCGUCAAAGAAGACGGCCUCUCCCCGGCGGAGCAGCUGGACCGCGCAGCGUUCUACGAGGUGACGCUGGAGCAGCGAUGGGAGCCAAUCCGCGAUGACGCCGUCUCGUCGAGGGUGCUUAUCGGCGGGAGCAUCGAGGCGAGGCAGGACGUGUCAAGCUCAAGCUACGGUAACGGGUAUGUCUGGUUCAUCUCACCAGCUACGUGGCAGAGGGUGGGAGUGUCUACUGCCAUGUGGGAGAGGAUGCGAUGGGAGGAGUACAUGGGCGGGUGGGUCGACGAGGAGACCGGGUGGGUCCCCGGACGGUCGGUGCUGGUGGAGAGGUUCGCGGUGAAGAGAAGGGACGGCAGCGUCGCCAUGGCUUUUGACUUUGCGCACAUCAACAAGAUCACGCCGUAGCCAGUUUGAUAGCCAAUAAACCGCGACAAGUGCGUCCGUCGCGUGGUCGUGUGUGAUUCCCGGUGGCGCGUGUGUGUGCGCACUUGUGUUCAAGUUUGAGUCGGCCUGCAGCUUGCCGCGUACGUAGCGUACGUGGAGGAGCUGCAUGCAGUAGGGGCCGUUGUGAUCUGUUGGAGGGAGCCGCCUUGUGCGUGUUUGUGCGCUUCGUGCGUGCCAGCCGGAGCAUGCGGAUCGAACGGCAGAGUGGAGGGGCAACGUGGAGUUCGUGCUUCCAGCGUCAGCCUAGCAAUAAAACCCCCUGUACUGCUUAGUUGUAAUGAUUAAGGCAAGAUUAUACAGAGAGUGCAGUGUGUGUGUGUGGUGCAAGUGUUCGGGCGCAUUGCUUGUCUCGCGCAACUCCUUCUUCCUCCAUCCAAGAGAGAGCUAGCUAGAUCUAGCCCCAACACAAUUAAUG